GCUGUAACCCUCUUCAGCCGCUAGAUGAAAACCUGAACAAGACACGUCACGGAGAUCACGUUGCCCAAAGAAGAGACAGGAUUGACGAACACAUGAAAACAUCAGUGAUUGUAUGGGCGCUCUCUUUCCCGCUGAACACUGAUCUAUUCAAGGUGUUGACCACAGUCAAGUCCUGCACGCGCUUGGGAAGAUGUCAGCCUCGGGCCAGGACCGAAGCAGCCGGUGGCAGGACAUUCAGAAGGGCUUGCAGUUCAUUCAGUCUACCCUGCCUUUUCCUGGCACUCAGGAGCAGUAUGAGGUGUUCAUCCAGAGUUUGGUGAGGAAUCUAUUUGGCGAGGGAAAUGAUGUGUUCCUUGAAGGCGAUUGGGCACGAUCUGUUGAAUUGCACACAGAGGCCUUAAACAUAGCGGAGUACGCGGGAUCAGAGGACAUCCUCAUCUCUCAAAACCUGAGAGAGAAGCUUCAUGCGAACCGUGCUGCAUCCUACUUGAACAUUGGACUGCACGAUCAAGCCCUGGAGGACUCUGAAAAAGCUCUUCAACUCAACGAAAGCAACUACAGAGCACUUUACCGGAAAGCCCGAUGUCUAAAAGAAAUGGGAAGACAUCAAGAGGCUUACGAGGUGGUUGCUAAAUGCUCCAUGGCAGUGCCUCAGGAUACUCAUGUGAUUGAAAUGACCCAGGAGCUUGCCAAAAUGUUGGGGUUGAAAAUCCGUAAGGCUUAUGUCAGAAGCAAGCCUGCUUUAAAUGUUUUGCCCGGUUCAAGUCUAUCAGGAGCGGUUAAUGAUAAGCAUUCUUACAGUUCUUCGUCUGUGGAGGAUAUUGAAAUGGAAGUGGAGCAGUCUAUGCAGGGCACGGGCGGCCCGGUCCCAGUCAGCAUGACAUUGAGCUCUACAGUAAGUGAGAAGGAAGAAGUAGAGUCCAAGCCUCUUGUUGGUGUGAUCUCACCUCCGGUCGUCCCGGUUGAGUCCCAUAAUCCAGAGCCUGUUCCCAUGCCCAUACACAUGCCUCUGGUUAAUGGAACCAGGCCCAGUGACUCUUACACAGUACCAGACACCCGCUUGGACUAUGAUACAGAUAUUAUCGGGGAUGAACUGGAUGAGCUGUUGGACAGAGCAAGUCCUCCAGAAUCGUCUUUGGAUAUUCCCACAGUGGAUGGACCUAUUCCUUUACCGACCAGUAUUGCUGUCAGUAGUUCGAUACAGAGUUCUUUGCUCAUGCCUUCUCACCUGGGCCAUCCGUUUUUGAGUAUGGCUUCACAGUGCACAGUAAAUUUGCCCGCACUGUAUCACAAGCCAAUUUCAUCGUAUUCUCUUGGUCUGGACACAUAUUCAUCACCUCUGGAUUCAUUGGAUAGUUUGUCAAUUUCAGAGUCUCCUACAGAUAAACCUUUUAGCCAGCAUCAUUUUAUGCCGCUGAGCAAUAGCGACAUGUCAGUGCCAACCAUUCCACCCAUCGGCAUGGGUUUCAGCACAUCCGAUGGGACAUUUGCGCAGGAUUAUCCACCACAGUUAGACCUUGCCAAGAACCCACUUGCUGAUACCCAUGAAUUUAAACAGGCCUGUUCCUCAUGCUACAUUAAAACUGGACCUGGAGUGCUGGAUUACGCUUACCUUCCAGAGGACCACAAAUGCAAAAAAGAUUUGCUUUUGGGAAGAACCAAACAUUCUGAACUUCCAGCAUGGAAACUUAUUCGGCCGAGACCCACUAAAAACCAGUACAUGGGGCCUUAUUAUAUUUGCAAAGAUGUGGCGAUUGGACAAGAAUGCCGGUAUCUUGGCCAUUGUACCUUUGCUUAUUGCCAAGAGGAAAUUGACGUGUGGACGCUAGAACGCAAAGGCUUCAUCUGCAGAGAAAAUCUGUGUGAUCCUUAUGGAUCUAAACCUAAGAUCAAUUUGACUGUGCCCAAAAUCUUACAGGAGCACCAUGGGAUAUUUCUGUUCCUCUGUGAGGUGUGCUUUGAUCACAAACCCCGAAUAAUCAGCAAAACCAAUAAGGACAACCCCAGUCUAUGCUCUCACCCAGUGACAAAGCAUUUGUUUGAGGAAAAGAAGUGCCUUGUACACUAUUUAAGGGACAAAACCAUCAGAUACUCCAAAAUCCGUCCAUACUUCCCUCAUUGCCAGAUGGAUCUGUGUAGGCAUGAGGUACGGUACGGCUGCCAGCGAGAGGAUUUCUGCUUUUACGCCCACAGCCUCAUUGAGCUCAAAGUAUGGAUGAUGCAGAGUGAACAAAGUAUCACACAUGAAGGUAUUGUCCAGGAGUCAAAGAAACACAGAAAUAUUGAAACAUAUUCAUCCUCACAUACAAAUUUAUAAAUUAUACAUGCGUACUCACAGAUAGUAUACCUGCGAGAGAUGUCUUAUGUCAUUUUUGUGCCAAUCCCAUAGGAGCUUCCACCGGCCCUGCGCAGAUUUGGGCCAGCUAACCUGAAGAUGCAGUUUGUAUGUGCUCAGUGUUGGAGGAACGGCCAAGUCAGCGAGUCAGACAAAAACAAGAAGUACUGCAGUGCAAAGGCCCGGCAUCCUUGGUCAAAAGAGAGACGGGUGGUUCUGGUUAGCUCUAUUGAACGGAAAAAGUGGACUACAGUUCGACCGCUCCCAACCAAAAAGCCUAUUCCUGCUCAGUUUGAAAUUUGUUUGCAUGUGGCAGCUGGCAAAAAGUGUCAGUACAUUGGAAACUGCUCCUUUGCUCACAGCACAGAGGAGAGAGAUCUGUGGACCUUCAUGAAAGAAAACAAUGUUGCAGACAUGGAACAGCUGUAUGAAAUGUGGCUGCAGUCUCAGAAGCCGGGCUGGAGCGAGGAGAGCAGCAGCGCUACACGAGAGAACGGCAAACAGAUUCACAUGCCCACGGACUACGCUGAGGAAGUGGCUGGGAACCAUUGCUGGUUGUGUGGGAAGAACUGCAACAGUGAUAAACAGUGGCAGCAGCAUAUCACCUCCGAGAAGCACAAAGAGCGAGUGUUCAACUCCGAGGACGAUCAGAACUGCUGGCAGUAUCGCUUCCCCACAGGAACCUUCAGAGUUUGCGAACGGUUCCUGAUGGGCACCUGCACGGAGGAGGAGCUUUGUAAGAUGGCCCAUGGAGAUGAGGAGCUGAAGGAAUGGAAGGACAGAAGAGAGUUCCUUUUGAUGAAACUUGCCAAAGCCAGAAAAGAUCACUUGAUAGCACCAAACGAUAAUGACUUUGGCAAAUAUAGUUUUCUGCUUAAAGAUAUUAAGUAAUGUUUUAAUUAAUCUGAAUCUGUUAAAGCAGGGUGUUCCGGAACUAUGAUGUCUUGAGUUCAGUAUUGAAUCGGGCGAGCGUGGUGUGACUCUCCAUUGAAGGAGGACAUCCUCCUCCUUGGGUUUUCACAGAAAGCACAGAGCUGGCCUUGUGUUCAUAGUAAUCAGGCUUUGUUGCUUUUAUCACCAGUUAAAAAUAAACGCACCAUCGCCUUUUAUGUUUCUUUUAUUAAAUAGCACACAUCAGAUCACCUUUCAGGACUGGAUUUUGCUCUUGAAACCCAACUGCAGAAGGCAAGAACUAGCGCAUCUGAGAUUCACGUGUCAAAUUCCGCCUUUUUUCUUCUUAACCGCGGUUUGUUUUGGAAUGUUGGGUCCUGAAUCUCUGUUAUUCUACAUCCGCACCGAAUUACUUUACUCUGUUGUGUGUUUGCUGUGUUAAUGCCUAUUGGUAUAAUAUAUGGACCAACAUAAACACAAUAAACUCGUAUUCUUUUCA